CUGCACUACGGGACCCUCCUGGGCAGCAGAGCUUGUGUCCACAUGGCAGCAGCUGCCUGGGCCACUGGGUUUCUCCAUGCUCUGCUGCACACGGCCAAUACAUUUUCACUGCCCCUGUGCAAGGGCAAUGCCCUGGACCAGUUCUUCUGUGAAAUCCCCCAGAUCCUCAAGCUCUCCUGCUCACACUCCUACCUCAGGGAGAUUCGCCUUAUUGUGAUAAGUGUCUUGCUAAUAUUCGGGUGUUUUGUGUUCAUUGUGGUGUCCUAUGUGCAGAUAUUCCGGGCAGUGCUGAGGAUCCCCUCUGAGCAGGGUCGGCACAAAGCCUUUUCCACCUGCCUCCCUCACCUGGCCGUGGUCUCCCUGUUCCUCAGCACUCUCAUGUUUGCCCACCUGAAGCCCCCCUCCAUCUCCUCCCCAUCCCUGGAUCUGGUGGUGUCUGUUCUGUACUCAGUGGUGCCUCCAAUUGAUCCCAUCUUGCCCCCAGAAGAGUAA